AUGGCUACACGUCGGCCUAUAAAGGUAGUCUGCAUCGGUGCUGGAUACUCCAGUAUCGCUCUUGCCAUACAACUCAAGCAGACGAUCGACAACCUCGAUCUGACGAUAUAUGAGAAGGAAGAUGGACUAGGAGGAGUGUGGUACGCGAAUCGGUAUCCAGGUUUGACGUGUGACAUCCCAUCCCACUGCUACCAGUUCUCAUUCGAACCGAACCCAGACUGGAGCUCUUUCUACGCGCCAGGGCCCGAGAUUUGUGCCUACCUUUCGCACGUUUCAGACAAGUACGAGGUUACACCACACAUACGGCUCAAGCACACCUUGCUCUCCGCGGUCUGGGAUGAUGAGAAUAAUAAAUGGCGUCUACGCAUCUGCAGGGAUAGCGGGAAUGAGCAAGAGGAGUUCGAUGACACGGCGGAUGUACUAUUCCUCGGCGUAGGCUCGUUGUCACGUUGGAAGAUGCCCGAUAUCCCUGGGCUGGCCAGCUUUAAGGGUCAGGUCAUACAUAGCGCGGCGUGGCCACGUGCACCGGGAGGAUGGGAGGAUACGGUCGCAGGGUGGGAGGACAAGGCUAUAGGCGUUGUCGGCACGGGCGCAUCCGGAAUCCAGAUAGUCACCGCGCUUCAGCCGAGUGUGCGCAAACUUGUCAACUUCGCCCGCGGGGGUACGUAUGUUAGCGCGCCAUUCUCCGAGAACACGAUCAAGGAGUCACUUGGACGAGAUGAUGCCGGAGAUGAUCAUGUGUUCACGGAGGAGGAAAAGGAGCGCUUUCGCUCAGAUCCACAGUUCUACUCUCAGUUCAGGGAGAAGCUGGAGGCGUCACUCCAUGCCUUUGCGGAGGUCAUCUUGCGAGAUUCACCUGUACAAGCUGCUGGGUCGAAGAUGGUGCGCGACGGUAUGAAGGCGAAGCUAGCCGGAAGACCCGAUCUCGCGGACAAACUGAUACCGCAUUGGCCGGUUUGCUGCCGACGUCUUGUACCAGGGCUUGGGUACCUUGAGGCCCUUUGCGCUGACAACGCUAUCCUCGAGACAGACGCCAUCUCCCAAAUCACGCCCACGGGUGUCACAACCUCGAACGGCACCCACCACCCUCUUGACAUCUUAGUCCUCGCAACAGGCUUUGACACCUCCUUCCACUACCCCUUCAUGGUCACAGGCCUACACGACGACCUAUCCGAGCGUUGGGGCACCCAUGGCCACGCUUCAGCCUACCUCUCACUAGCCGUCGACGGUUUCCCGAACAUGUUCCUCGGUCUCGGUCCGGGAUCGUACAUCACGAGCGGUCAUCUCGUCAGCGUGUUGGAAGCCGAGGCGAGGUAUAUCGCUGAUAUUGUGGGGAGGAUGCAGAGGGAGGGGAUUGGUAGUGUUGAGGUUAGAGCGGAUGCGGUAGCGGGAUGGGAGGAGCACGCGAGGCAGUUCUUCCCGAGGACUGUGCACGCAAGCGACUGUCAGUCAUGGAUGCGCGCGCCGGAUGGCACUCCGGCGUCGCUCUGGCCAGGAAGUGGGCAACAUGCGGUAUCGGCCUUCCAAGGCGUGCGGUGGGACGACUACAUCUGUACACCCCUCGAGGCCGCGGGCGAUGACGCAGACGAGACCCGGAUGCAGAGAUUGAGGCAUCAGAUGGGGUACAUGCUGGACGUUGUACGAUGGCUCGGGGACGGGAUGACAUUGGGGAAGCUCGAUCUCGGCGAGUCGAGUGAAGGCGGCUAA